UUCCAACUAUAGUUCGAAGUGUUGUCCCAUGUCCUUUGUUAUUGCCAGGUGUCACUUGUCAUGUGUUGUGUUUAUCUGUUGUGGCUCCGUCUGUAAGGAGGCUUUUCUGCGCAAUGUCACAACUCACUGAAUUUGAUAAAGGCCGGAUAAUUGCUUUGUAUCAAGAUGGCUAUGCGAUCAGGGCUAUUUCCCGUGCCUUAGGAUUCAGCAAAUCUACAGUUCAUCUCUGGGUGAAGAGGAUGGCGAAAGAAGGCCACGUUACUUGUCGGCGUCGCUCUGGACGGCCACGGAUUACCACGGAGGAUCAAGACAAGAGUAUACUCCGCUGCGUUGGUGAAGACCCAUACAGGACAAGAAAAGAAAUUAAGAACAUGCUUCACCUAAGCGUGAGCAAGGAGACUAUACGCCGUCGGCUCAUCGAGCAAGGAGGGCUGAAAAUCGGCGAAUUUAGCACUCAAAAGAAUGAAACUCCUCUUCAGUUUGCAAACCAGAGUCAACUGACUGAUGCAGUAGAAUCUCUUUGUAGUGUUGACAUGUCUUUGCCAGACACCAGCAGAAAUUGUCCAUUUCAGUCACCACCUGCAACUGGACAGGAUGACAUUACUUCUGUUCUUGUUGGAAAUGGAGCAGACACUGAUUCAUUGUCUGAAAGACCAAAAGAUUCCUACCAGACAUUACAUCACAGUUCCAUUGAUGAUGACAACGAAUCUGUAUCUGAGUUUCUUGUGCAAAGUGGAUGUGAUAGCAAUGCUUCAAGAGAACUAGGACCAGGUGGAGGAGGUGGUGAAGGAGCACAAAAUGAGCAGCCCCCUCUGCACAUGUGGGGAGUAGAAAAUGUGGUGCAAGCACUGUCUGAAAAUGGUGCAGCUAUCAACGCCAAGGACAUCCAGGGCAAAACAGCAUUACAUGUAGCCAUAGAAAACCAGCUUAAUGGUAUCGUUUCACUGCUGCUUUGUCAUCCUGAACUAGACUUGACUGUAAGGGACAAAGCUGGCCUAACGCCAUUUGCUGCAGCUCUCAAAUACCGUAAUUAUGGAGUAGCACAGGCCAUUCUCGAUCGCAUGCCUGCAGCAGCUGAAGAGUAUGAUGAUAAGGGCCAGAACUUUCUGCAUAUUGCUAUCCAAAAGGAAGACAUGGAGACCAUACUUUUUCUGCUUUCAAUCUAAGUAGAUGUCAACUCAAGAGUGCAAGAUACUAAUCAGAUGCCACCAUUGCAGCUCGCUGCAGCUGCUGGAUCAGAAACACUUGUCAGGUCCCUGAUGCUUGCUGGAGCAAGGGUAGAUGACCGUGAUGCCCACCAAAGAACAGCUUUGCAUGUUGCAGCGGGAGCAGGCCAUGCGGCUGUUAUAUCAGCUUUGCUGCAGAAUGGUGCUGAUGCUAAUGCUUCAGAUUCAGAAGGAGAUAACGCAUUGCAU